UCACAGGUUUUGGAGUAUGAUACUGAUACAGAUGAAGAUGUUUCAGAGUUAGAGGAUGCUUCAGAGAUUGAUGAAAAUGCUGAUGAAGAUACAGAAAAUGAAUGGUCUAUGGAUCACUCUGAGGAAGAGGCUGCCACAUCAUCCACCUCAUCAGAGAGAAAUGAUGAAUCACAGCAACCAUCAAGCUUUGAGCGAUGGAUGUCAAAAGAUGGUAAAAUAGAAUGGACCUCUACACCCCCACAACAGUGGGGAAGACUGCCAGCAUCCAUGGUUAUCAAGAACAUUCCAGUUGCCAACACGAUUUGGAUUUGAAGAGUCCACGACAUACAUUCAGCUUUUGAUCUGUAUUUACAACCAAUAGAGAAGACUAUUCUGGAUAUGACCAAUCUGGAGGGAAGCCGUGUGUUUGGUGAGAAAUGGAAACCACUUGAUCUUAUUGAUUUGAAUGCUUACAUUGGUUUGCUAAUUUUAGCUGGAGUGUACAGAUCAAAGGGAGAGGCAACUGCCAGUUUAUGGAGUACAGAGUGUGGAAGGCCAAUAUUUCGCUCCACAAUGUCUCAGGAAAGAUUCCACAUCAUUUCUCGGGUCAUCCGUUUUGAUGACCGUGAAACCAGACCCAGUCGACGUGAGCGGGACAAAUUAGUGGCAAUCAGAGAUGGGUGGGAUAAAUGGGGAGAAAUUCUGCCUCGUCUUUACAACCCUGGGCCACACAUUACAGUGGAUGAACGCCUUGUACCAUUCAGAGGACGCUGUCCUUUUCGCCAGUACAUUCCAAAAAUGCCAGCCAGAUAUGGCAUCAAAGUAUGGGCAGCCUGUGAUUCCAAGUCCAGCUAUGCCUGGAAAAUGCAGAUUUACACAGGCAAGCCAUCAGGUGGAGAACCUGAGAGAAACCAGGGGAUGCGUGUGGUUCUACAAAUGAGUGAAGGGCUGCAAGGUCACUGCAUAACCUGUGACAACUUCUUUACAUCGUACAACUUUGGUGUGGAGCUACUCAAGCGAAAGCUGACUUUGAUUGGAACAGUGAAAAAAAAAAAACCUGAGCUACCCAGAGAGAUUCUGAACAUGGAGGGCAGAAACGUGCAUUCGUUAAAAUUUGCUCUCUCGGAAAAUGCAACAUACAAUGCACAGAGAUGCAUCACUGAGUGCAAGAGAGGACCUGAAGCCAGAAAUGAUACUGAACUAUAAUUCCACGAAAGGAGGGGUUGACAAUUUGGACAAAGUCACAUCAGCCUACAGCUGCCAGCGCAGGACUGU